AUGUCGCGGGCUUGGGGACACCUGCACCCGGCCCUAUUCCUGGCGGCGGUUUCUGCGCGUGGGGCGACGACCGGGGUCGGGGCGCGGCGGAGGUUAAGCGCGCGUCUGGCGCCGCAAGAACCCGGCAUGGACUAUCAGGAUGCUGUGCGCACGCUCAACACCCUGCAGACCAAUGCUGGUUACCUGGAGCAGGCGAAGCGUCAGCGGGGCGACCCCCAGACACAACUGGAAGCCAUGGUGCUCUACCUGGCACGGAGUGGGCUGCAGGUGGAGGACUUGGACAAGUUAAACAUCAUCCAUGUCACCGGGACCAAAGGGAAGGGUUCCACCUGUGCCUUCACUGAACGGAUCCUCCGAAGCUAUGGCCUAAAGACGGGAUUCUUUAGCUCUCCCCACCUGGUGCAGGUGCGUGAGCGGAUCCGCAUCAACGGGCAGCCCAUUAGCCCCGAACUCUUCACCAAGUACUUCUGGCGCGUCUACCACCGGCUGGAGGAGACCAAGGACGGCAGCUGUGUCUCCAUGCCUGCCUACUUCCGCUUCCUCACGCUCAUGGCCUUCCAUGUCUUCCUCCAGGAGAAGGUGGACCUGGCAGUGGUGGAAGUGGGCAUUGGUGGGGCAUACGACUGUACCAACAUCAUCAGGAAGCCUGUGGUAUGUGGGGUUUCCUCUCUUGGCAUCGACCAUACCAGCCUUCUGGGUGACACAGUGGAGAAGAUCGCAUGGCAGAAAGGGGGAAUCUUUAAGCGUAGCAUCCCUGCCUAUACCGUGCUCCAGCCCGACGGUCCCCUGGCGGUGCUGAGGGAACGCGCCCAGCAGAUCUCAUGUCCUCUCUACCUGUGCCCGCCACUGGAGGCCCUGGAGGAAGGCGGACCACCAUUGACCCUGGGCCUGGAGGGGGAGCACCAGCGGUCCAAUGCCGCCUUAGCCUUGCAGCUGGCCCACUGCUGGUUGCAGCGGCAGGACCACCCAGGCAUCGGGGAGCUGAAGACAUCCAGACUGAGCCUCCUGCAGCAGCUGCCCUUGGCACCUGUGUUCCAGCCCACGUCCCACAUGCGGCACGGGCUUCAGGACACAGAGUGGCUGGGCCGGACUCAGGUUCUGCGGCGCGGGCCCCUCACCUGGUAUCUGGAUGGUGCGCAUACAACCAGCAGCGUGCAGGCCUGUGUGCGCUGGUUCCGCCAGGCGCUGCAGAGGCGCGAGAGGCUGAGCAGUGGGCCAGAGGUGUGUGUCCUGCUCUUCAAUGCCACUGGGGACCGGGACCGGGUGGCCCUGCUGAAGCUGCUGCAGCCCUGCCAAUUUGACUAUGCCGUCUUCUGCCCCAAUCUGACAGAGGUGUCACCCACAGACAACGCAGACCAGCAGAACUUCACAGUGACACUGGACCAAAUGCUGCUUCGCUGCCUCGAACACCAGCAGCACUGGAACAACCUGGCCGAGGAGCAGGCCAGCCCAGAUCUGUGGAGGCCUCCUAGCUCGGAGCCUAGUGGCCCCACAUCCCUGCUGCUGGCACCCCGCCCACCCCAUGGCCACAGCACCAACUCCCGCAUCUUCAGCUGCAUCUCGCAUGCCUUACAGUGGAUCAGCCAAGGCCGGGACCCCGUCUUUCAGCCACCCAGUCCCCCAAGGGGCCAUCUCACCCAGCCUGUGGCAGGCAGUGGGUCCAGUGUACUUCAGGAGGCUGCUGCCAUCCAUGUGCUAGUCACAGGCAGCCUACACCUGGUGGGUGGCGUCCUGAAGCUGCUGGAGCCCUCGCUGUCCCAGUAGCUGAGGCAGCAGGGUUGGAGGUGGGGCCUUCCCACACCUGCCCUGCGUUCUCUCCAUGAACUCCUGU